AAUUAUGAGAGAAGCUCGGAAAAACCCUAUUUUCUUCUUCUGCCACUUUCUUCUCUUUAAUUUACACUUCUCUGCACUUUUUUUUGUUCCUGUUUUUGAUCCUCAAUCACGAAACCCUAGCUUGUUCUUCUGUUGAUUUUUUCGAAAAAGGGGUUUGUUUGGUUUCUGGGAAUCAGCAAAAAUCACGAAAUGGUUGGUUCAUUAUUCCGAUCGGGAUAAAAUCGAUCGAAAAUGAGUCAGCCUUCUGUGAUUCUUGCUACGGCUAGCUAUGAUCACACGAUCCGAUUCUGGGAAGCCGAAACUGGUCGCUGUUACCGUACCAUUCAGUAUCCUGAUUCGCAUGUAAAUAGGCUUGAGAUAACCCCAGAUAAGCGUUAUCUAGCUGCAGCUUGUAAUCCUCAUAUACGGCUUUUUGAUGUCAAUUCCAACAGUCCUCAACCUGUGAUGACUUAUGAUUCACACACCAACAAUGUUAUGGCAGUAGGAUUCCAAUGUGAUGGGAAAUGGAUGUAUUCAGGAUCAGAGGAUGGUACAGUUAAGAUCUGGGACUUGAGGGCUCCGGGUUGCCAAAAGGAGUAUGAAAGUGUUGCCGCAGUUAACACAGUUGUUUUACACCCAAAUCAGACUGAAUUGAUAUCUGGAGACCAAAAUGGAAAUAUACGUGUAUGGGAUCUCAGAGCAAAUUCGUGUAGCUGUGAACUGGUACCAGAGGUUGAUACAGCUGUACGGUCUUUAACGGUUAUGUGGGAUGGUACAAUGGUGGUUGCUGCUAACAACCGUGGAACAUGUUAUGUGUGGCGCUUGUUGCGUGGAAAACAGACGAUGACCGAGUUUGAACCCCUUCAUAAGCUGCAAGCUCAUAAUGGCCACAUCCUUAAAUGCCUUCUCUCUCCUGCAAACAAAUAUCUAGCAACCGCAUCGUCUGAUAAAACCGUCAAAAUAUGGAAUGUCGAUGGUUUCAAACUAGAGAAAGUUUUAACAGGACAUCAAAGAUGGGUCUGGGACUGCGUCUUCUCAGUGGAUGGAGAAUUUCUUGUAACAGCAUCAUCAGACAUGACGGCUAGAUUAUGGUCGAUGCCAGCGGGUAAAGAAGUGAAGGUAUACCAAGGUCAUCACAAAGCCACUGUAUGCUGUGCACUCCACGAUUAAAACCUUUUAAGAAUCAAUGAAGCUAAAUUAUGAAC